GAGGUGAGCGAUAGGAUACGACGACCAGCCGCCGAGCUCUCGCGAGAUUCGGCGAGACUAUAAGUUAAGGGAACAUGGCGUCGUCUAAUUUGCUGAAGAACAAAGGCUCCCUUCAGUUUGAGGAUAAAUGGGCCCUAAUGCGUCCCAUCGUACUAAAACUGUUACGGCAAGAGUCGGUCACCAAGCAGCAGUGGUUCGACCUUUUCUCAGAUGUCCACGCCGUGUGCCUGUGGGAUGACAAAGGUCCCGCUAAGAUCCACCAGGCCCUUAAAGAGGACAUCCUCGACUUUAUCAAACAAGCACAAGCGCGGGUGCUGAGUCACCAGGAUGACACAGCACUGCUGAAGGCCUACAUUGUGGAGUGGCGCAAGUUCUUCACGCAGUGCGACAUCUUGCCCAAGCCCUUCUGCCAGCUGGAGAUCACCUUGAUGGGCAAGCAGGGCACCACCAAGAAGUCCAAUGUGGAGGACAGCAUCGUGCGAAAGCUGAUGCUGGACACGUGGAACGAGUCCAUCUUCUCCAACAUCAAGAGCAGGCUACAAGAUAGCGCAAUGAAGCUGGUCCAUGCUGAACGGCUGGGGGAAGCCUUCGAUUCUCAGUUGGUCAUCGGAGUACGAGAGUCCUACGUGAACUUGUGCUCAAACCCCGACGACAAGCUGCAGAUCUACAGGGACAACUUUGAAAAAGCCUACAUGGAUUCCACCGAGCGCUUCUACAGAACGCAGGCGCCCGCUUACCUCCAGCAAAACGGCGUCCAGAACUACAUGAAAUACGCUGAUUCCAAGUUGAGGGAAGAAGAAAAACGUGCACUUCGCUACCUGGAGACAAGGCGUGACUGCAACUCUGUACAAGCGCUGAUGGAGUGCUGCGUCAAUGCCCUUGUAACGGCCUUCAAGGAGACCAUCUUGGCAGAGUGUCCCGGCAUGAUCAAGAGGAAUGAAACAGACAAGCUGCACUUGAUGUUCUCGCUGAUGGACAAAGUGCCAAACGGAAUCGAGCCCAUGCUUAAGGACCUGGAGGAACACAUCGUGAGCGCUGGCCUCGCCGACAUGGUGGCCUCCGCCGAGACCAUCACCUCGGACUCGGAGAAGUACGUGGAGCAGCUGCUCACGUUGUUCAACCGCUUCAGUCGGCUUGUGAAAGAGGCCUUCCAGGACGACCCUCGGUUCCUCACCGCCAGAGACAAAGCCUACAAAGCCGUUGUCAACGAUGCCACCAUCUUUAAAUUAGAACUUCCUAUGAAACAGAAAGGCGCGGGCUUGAAAACACAACCUGAGUCCAAGUGUCCAGAGCUGCUGGCCAACUACUGCGACAUGCUGCUCAGGAAGACGCCGCUCAGCAAGAAGCUCACGUCCGAGGAGAUUGAGGCCAAGCUCAAGGAAGUGCUGUUGGUUCUGAAAUACGUCCAGAACAAAGACGUGUUCAUGCGCUACCACAAGGCCCACCUGACGCGCCGCCUCAUCCUGGACAUCUCGGCCGACAGCGAAAUCGAGGAGAACAUGGUGGAGUGGCUCAGGGAAGUGGGGAUGCCGGCGGACUAUGUCAACAAGCUGGCCAGGAUGUUUCAGGACAUUAAAGUGUCUGAGGACCUCAACCAGUCUUUCAAAGAAAUGCACAAACACAACAAGCUGGCUCUCCCAGCCGACUCUGUCAACAUCAAGAUCCUGAACGCCGGCGCGUGGUCACGCAGCAGCGAGAAGGUGUUUGUCUCGCUGCCCACGGAGCUGGAGGACUUGAUCCCAGAGGUGGAGGACUUCUACAAGAAGAACCACAGUGGACGCAAAUUACAUUGGCAUCACCUCAUGUCCAAUGGCAUUAUCACCUUCAAGAACGAGGUGGGCCAGUACGACCUGGAGGUGACGACCUUCCAGCUGGCCGUGCUCUUCGCCUGGAACCAGAGGCCCAGGGAAAGGAUCAGCUUCGAGAACCUCAAGCUCGCCACCGAGCUACCCGAUGCUGAGCUGCGACGCACUCUCUGGGUGAAAAGCACACAGAGAGGGAUUGAAAAGACAGUUGAAACCGUCGUCAUUAUGGGACUCCUUCUGUGCACUUCUCACGCUCGGCGUGUCCCCCUCCCCCCUCUGUUGCAGUCCUUGGUGGCGUUCCCCAAGCUGAAGCGGCAAGUGCUGUCGUACGACCCAGCGGUGUCGUCGCCCAAAGACUUUGCUGAAGGAACGUUGUUCUACAUCAAUCAAGAGUUUUCACUCAUAAAAAAUUCCAAAGUCCAGAAGCGGGGAAAGAUCAACCUGAUCGGUCGACUGCAGCUCACUACGGAGAGAAUGCGAGAGGAGGAGAACGAGGGCAUCGUGCAGCUCCGGAUACUCAGAACCCAGGAGGCCAUCAUCCAGAUCAUGAAAAUGAGGAAACGCAUCAACAAUGCACAGCUGCAGACAGAGCUCGUGGAGAUCUUAAAGAACAUGUUUUUACCACAGAAGAAGAUGAUCAAGGAGCAGAUCGAGUGGCUUAUCGACCACAAGUACAUCAAGCGGGACGAGGCCGACAUAAACACCUUCAUCUACAUGGCAUAGCACGACGCUUUGGACAACCCCCCGCCCCCCCUCCACCCCCACCCCCACUCAAAGGGGCCUGACGGACGCUCGACCACUUCUCGGCCCGCUCUGCCCCCGUCGCACCAUUUCCCACUCCCCCGUGCUCUAUUUAAAAUGAAAUCCUGUGCAGGGAGGCAUGAAUCAAAAGACUACUUCAAAACACUUCCUGCCUUAAGGUUGCAUCAAGAAGAAAAGCAAAGCCUGCCCCUCAUGGUUUUCACUGUUUUUAUUUGGGAGGCUGCCAUUCAUGUUUUGUUUCACCCCUUCCGAAACGCUGCGACGGCGUGCCGGCUAGCUCACGCCUACCCGACGCUUGUGGAAUCCUACAGACAAACGCUGCGGGAUGUGGGGGAGGAAACACACAAUUUGUCUUUGCCUGUGCGAGCAAAGCCUCCAGCUAGUCGCUUUAAGGCACUGUGGGACUUGGGCUUAGUUUGUGUUGUUCUUGUGAGAGUAAGUAUCACUUAAUCAGGAAUUCCUUUUUUUGCGUACAGUGCCAGAUCGACACGGGACCGCCUUUACCCCACCCACCCCACCCACCCCCAGAAUUGAAAUUUCGGUUUUCUGAGGGGGAUAAAGGAAGAAGUGGGAUGGACGUUUUGGAUUGCGAAAUGUCCUCAGGGUCAACGAAGGGCGGUGUUGAAGGUUUAAACCGGGUCAGAAACCCGAGUCAGUAUUAUCAAAAGCUUUUCAGCAGUGUGUACCGCGAGAUGUGAAUAAAUAAAAUAAACAGCACCUUAACAUGAAAGAUUUGCCGACGCGCCUCUUUGUGCUGCCUUAACUACAUAGUUUGUUAAUUCUGACCUUUAAAGCUUGCGUAUCACGGUAAUAAAUUCUACUGUUUUACAUUUU